AUGAAAUAUUUACAAGCCCAGCUGAAACAAGAAAUGGAGGAGCAUAUCAGAGAAGGUAAAGGGAAUGUAGAGAAAGUCCAGGACAGAGUAGGAAGAAUUCAGCAGCUGAGGGACGCUCUCAGAGAGGAGACACUGAAGAACGGGGCUGCUACGGAUAAAUCUGACCUCUGUCAACAAUCUCAGUUAGAAUACAACAAAGCCCAGGAACGGAGGAGGCAACUUAAGGAGGACCACGGGAGAUUAAUUCAGGAGGAGGUGGAGAAGAUGGAGAGAGACUUGGCACAGGAACAGCUACUGACAGAAGGCCCCCAGAGAGAGCUGCUGGUGCUGACCAGAGAGAGGCAGGUCCUGGUGCUGCAGAUAGAGGCCCUGCGCGCUGAGGCCCAGCAGGCUGAGAGAGACCUGCAGAAUCAAUAUCACAGACACCAAACAGAGCUGCACUGUCUGAGAGAGGAGAGCCUGCAGGUGUUCAGAGUGUUUCGUCAGGUAAGCGAGGAGCAGAGGAGGAUGUCAGAGGGCAGAUACCGCAGCGUGCUGCUGGAGGCUGUGCAGGAUGCCGUAUACCUGUCUGCCCAGAACCAGGAGCUGCAGGCUGACAACAAACAACUCCGUAAGGCGCUGGGGGAGUUGAAGGAUACUCUGGCUGUGCGAGGUGACUCUACGACUGAACUCUCAUCCCGACAACAAUAAAUAUAUGACUGGAAGAUGUUUAUGAAUCAGUGUGUGUGU